AUGAGGAGCGUGGACGCCUUGUGCGCAACAUUGCUGGUCACGUCAAGGAUGCCAAAGAAUUUAUCCAAAAGAGAUGUGUUCAAUUCUCUCGAGGCAGCUAAAAUACUUUUAGAAAGAGGAGCGAAUCCUAACGCUCAGACUACCACAGGAGCCACACCACUUCACGUUGCCUCACGGUUCAACAAUCCUGAAAUUGUCAAACUUCUACUUUCCAAGCAAAUUACAGACGUAGAAUACCGAGAAAGUAUCAUGUGCACACCACUACAUUAUGCCAGUUCUUAUGGCCAUCAUGAAGUUGUACAGACCCUGAUAGACCAUGGGGCUGAUAUUGAAGCAUGCGCACUAGAGAACUUCACCGUCUUGCACACUGCUGUGAUUGGAGGAAAUGCACAAGCUGUUUCUGCUGUUAUUAACGCAGCUGUGCAGCGGUACAUCAAAUCACCGGUCAGCGUUUUCGCACCACAAAAGAUCGACAGCGAGUUCGUUCGCUUCAUCAGUGCGAAAAACGAUUCAGGAAACACGUCACUUCACUUGGCCAUCAAGAGCGGCAACCUUGAGAUCGCUAAACUGACCAUCAACUACAACGUCGAUCCAAAUGCUCGUACGAACUUGAACCAGACCCCUCUACAUAUAGCGGCCAUGUGUGGCCAAUGGGAGGCUGUGGCGAUGCUUUUAAGUGCCCAUGCAGAAGUGAAUUGUCAGGAUGAGGAGAUGAAAACUCCCUUGCACUACGCUGCGUCGUUUGGUAAUGAAGAAGUCAUAAAACACCUCUGGGAAAACGGCGCUCAAGUCAACAUUCAAGACGUCAACAAAAUGACACCAUUUCUUUGUGCAGUCGCCGCUGGACGUUUAGAAUGUGGGCGCCGUUUACUAGAAUACGGAGCUGAUAUUUCUGCUUUGGAUGCACGUGGGAGGUGUUGCCUUCAUCUUGCCGUAGAGAACGAGCAAGAACAAUUAGUAACUUUGUUAGUGCAAAAUAAAGCACGCAGUAAGCUUGUUAAUCACUCUGAACCAAGGAAAGAAAGAACCCCACUUCACUGCGCCGCCAUUACCGCGAACACUAAGAUCCUGGAGCUGAUUCUAAAGUGCAAACCCAACUGUACCCUCAAAGACGUGAACAGGAAGACUGCCCUUCAUCUGGCUGCUGAGUCAGGCAAGGCACGGUUCGUUGAGAUGCUGGCACGCUCAGGAUUGACAGCCGUGUUUGACAGAGACGACACGCUGAGGACACCGCUACAUUACGCUGCCAUGAAUAAACGAAGGAAAGUCUGUAUGGUAUUGCUUCAGUUCGGAGCUGAGAUAGACUGCCAAGAUCAACACCGCUGGACACCAAUAAUGUGGGCGGCAAAGAGUGGUGACCAGGCCACCAUGGCACUUUUCCUGGAACGAGAAGCACAGAUUGACCGCUCAGACAACGAAGGGAACACACUCUUACACGUGGCCUGCAGCAAUGGUCACGUAGAUGUUACUAAGCUACUCCUUGACAACGGAGCCGAAAUUUUACUCAAUGAUGACAAAAUGAGCUGUUUGGAUUGCGCAAUAGAACAGCAAAAUAGUGACGUUGUCAUGGCAAUAGUCAAGCACAACAGGUGGGAAGAGAUCCUUCGAAUCAGGAGCUGUGAUUCUCAGAAUACAAUGUCGUCUCUGAUACAACACUACUCCGAGGCAGCCGAGGCGGUCAUGGAUCGUUGUGUCCAGCGGUCGCCCACAUCAACAACCUACAACUUCCGCUACCUUGACCCAGGCCCCGACGACUGCAGUGGACUGAGAAACGACCGGUACAUAGGCUUAGCUGAUAUGAUAAAAUACAAGCGUCAAGACCUUCUCAUCCAUCCUCUAGCGAAAAAACUUCUCAACAUGAAAUGGAAAAACUUUGGGAAAAUAAUCUUUAUCUUCAAUAUUUUGCUCUACGUCUUCUUUUUAAACAUGCUAUCGAUUUUCUUAACUACGCAACGUCGAAAACUUAUCGUCCCACGACAAGGAUUUAACGUAUCGCAAGCGUCAGACAGUCUUAUGAAUGACGACAAAUUUGGUCAGUUGAUACCCAUAUUGGUGACAGGGAUUGCAGUGUUUCACAUGUUGAAGGAAGUGUAUCAGAUAUUCAAUCUAGGGCUACGAUACUUCAAGGACGCUAUUAAUCUACUUGAAUGGUGUUUGUAUGGCACGGCCUUCAUUUUUAUGCUACCCUUUGUGAGCAAAAGUGAUUGGCUGCGGAGUCAGCCCAAGGUUAUCUGGGAAAUUGGUACGUGUUGUGUAUUCCUUGGCUUCGCAAACCUCAUUCUCUUCCUUCGCGUCUUGUCCAAUGUUGGUUUAUUCGUCACCAUGUACUUGGAAGUCGUCAAGACGUUAAUCAAAGUCAUGUCUCUUUUCGUGGUAUUCAUCUUGGCCUUUUCUCUUGUCUUUUAUAUUUUGUUUAGAGAAGAGGACGCCUUCGAAGAUUUCUACAAGUCCAUUGUCAAGACAACAGUGAUGACAGUUGGAGAGCUCGAUUAUGCAACGCUACUGGUUGAUGGACUUAAUGCGAUCAAUGAAAAAACUGGAGCGAAGCAAGUUCCAUUUCCUGAACUGUCGUUUGUUUUCUUCUAUAUUUUUCUUCUAGCGAUGCCGAUAGUUCUGAUGAACUUACUG